AUGCUCCGCAACAAGAUCAAGCGAUAUCAGAGACAGCAUGCGCACAAUCUCGCACGCGAGGAGAUGAUCGACAUCGUUCUCAAAUGGCAAUGUAGCCGAGGCAGUACGCAGCCGUGCCGGAUGCUGCCUGAGAAGGAGCUUGCCUACGUUAACAUUGCGCACAACUGUCGGUAUAAAUAUCUGGACUGGAAUCUCGAACAUUCUGAAGAUAAGGAAGAAGAUGGCACGAAGUACGUGCCUGGUGAAGUCCGCAAGCCGCGCGGAGCAAAUCGUAGCAUCCGCUAUCCACCCGCUACCCACGAAGGCGGCUUCUAUACCUGUGUGAUCCAGGAUCUCUUGCCAUUCCUUGAGAAACUAUCUGAGGGAUGGACUACUUCAGUUCAGGUGGUUGUUCGUCCGAGACUCAUGACCAAGGACGAACAGAUGGAGAUGGACGCGUACCACGCUGCUAGACGCCAAGCAGAGGACGCGCUCAGGCUUGGUAAGGCACUGGAAACGAUCAAGAAAGAACGUGCGGCAGUGAAUAAUGAGGAGAUGAAGUGGAUGAAGGCGAGGCAUGAUUAUCUCCGAGAGGAGCUGAUCGAGCGGGAGACGGAGAACUUGCUGCGGCAGGACCCGGUAAACUACAUUUCGAUUGGGAUUUACUGGUAG